AUGCCUCGGCAAGGAGCGUUCUCCGUGGUGGCGCGCGCGUCGGACGCGCAUGCGGAGCAGAACGGCGAGCAGCGGCAGGAAUCGAACCAGCGGACGCCAGUAAGUCCGCCGAGCGUCGCCGUCGCCUGCUGCUGUCUGCAGGCCUCGUCUGCUGCUCCCCUGUGUUUUCUCCUCUUCUUGCAUCCUGUGCCUUCCGCCCCUCAUUCUUCCCCCUCCCGCCUUCCCCCGCUGUGCCACGGCGUGCGCCAGCUGCUGGUGCGGAUGACGGCGGGGCUCAAGCACACCUACUCCGCCUGCAACGACGCCUCGCGCGCCCACAUCGCCGCCCACCAUCCCUCCUCAAACCCCGCGCCCGCCGCUCCCGACCAACCCGCGGCUGGCGAGUAUGGCGCCUCGCCGGAGGGCGAUGCGGGUGACGGCGAGCGGGCAACGCGCGUGGUGCUGACGAAGCCGUCGGAGGCUGCGGGCAACGAGGGGUGGGACAACGCCAACUCCGACCUCAUCCUCUCCACGGGCCUCGUGCUGCACGGCGACCCCGGCACCCCCAGAUACGUGGUGCGGGACGUGUUGGGGCAGGGCACGUUCGGGCAGGUGGUGAAGUGCGAGAGCAGUGAGAUGGGCGAGGUGGUGGCCGUCAAGGUCAUCAAGAACCAGCCCGCCUACUACCACCAGGCGCUCGUCGAAAUCAGCAUCCUCAGACUCUUGAACGGGUCGUACGACCCGAUGGACGAGCACCACAUAGUGCGACUGGUGGACCACUUCGUGUGCCACAGCCACCUCUGCAUCGUCUUCGAACUCCUCACCUACAACCUCUUCGAGCUCAUCCGCCAGAACCAGUUUCGCGGCCUCUCUCUCAAGCUUGUGCGCCUCUUCACCAAACAGCUGCUGGUGGCGCUGACGGUGCUGGAGGAUGCGCGCGUCAUCCACUGCGACCUCAAGCCCGAAAACAUCCUCCUCAAAAGCUUGGGCGGCGAGAUCAAGCUCAUUGACUUUGGCUCUGCCUGCACUGAGAAUCGAACCGUGUACUCCUACAUCCAGAGUCGCUUUUACCGGUCGCCGGAGGUGGUGUUGGGGCACGCGUACGGCACGGCCAUCGACCUGUGGUCGCUGGGCUGUGUGGCGGCCGAGCUCUUCCUGGGCCUGCCGCUCUUCCCCGGCGCCUCCGAGUUUGACAUGCUGCACCGCAUGGUCGAAACCAUGGGCUGCCAGCCGCCAGAUGCCAUGUUGAGGCGCGCCAAGCACACGGCCAAGUACUUUGUGCGCACAGCAGAGGGGGGGGGCGGGGGGGAGGAUGGCCGCGCUUCAGCAUACCGCCUCAAGACGGUGGAGGAGGUGGUGGCGGGGGGGGAGGCGCGCCCGGCGCUGGGGAAGCGGUACUUCCGCCAGACGGCUCUCAGCGACCUCGUGCUGGGCUAUGCGCUGCGGCGCGGGGAAGGGGCGGAGGAGGGGAGGCAGGAGCGCGCGAGCCGAGUGGCGUUUGUGGACUUCCUGUCAGGCCUGCUCCACAUGGACCCCUCCCAGCGCUGGACCGCCCGCCAGGCAGCGCAGCACCCAUUCAUCACGGACGAGCCAUGGGUGGGGCCCUUCCAGCCGCAGCGCCAGCAGCAGCAGGUGGACGCCACCGAGGCCGCUCAGCUGCAGCCGCUGCACAGGGAGGGUGCCUCGCGCCUUGCACAGCAGCAGCAGCAGCAUGCGCGCGUGCUGCAGCACAGGCAGUCGCUGGGAGGCCAGGAAGCGGGGCGGGGAGGGGCGUUGGAGGGGGGCAUAAUGGCAGGCAGCCUGGGCGGAGCAGCGGGCGUGGGAGCAGCACUGCCGCCCGCCAUGGCUCUGUCUGGACCUGCUCCUGCUGCUAUGCGCUCCGCCCUUGCUCCUGCUGCUCUGCCCAUAGGGGCAGGUAUGGGUGCGAGCAUGGGGGCAGGCAUGGGCGAAGGCGGGUAUGGGAGCAUGGGGGGGUACGGCGUGCCCCUCGGUCUGCCGCACAACUACGGCCCGCUGGGCGCCAGUGUCAGCUCCUACGGCAGCAUCGGCAGCCUUGGCAACAGCUUUGGCGCCAUGGGGGGCUUGGGAGGCAUGGGGAGCGUGGGGGGCAUGGGAGGCAUGGGAGGGAUGGGAGGCAUGGGAGGGAUGGGGGGCGUGGGAAGUCUGGGAGGGCUGGGCAGUCUGACAGACCCCACAGGCUCCUACAUGGCCUAUGCUGCGCACCUGGCUGCAGCAGGGCAGAAGACAGACUUGGGUUCGGGGUCAUUCGGGACAGCGGCAGGAGCAGCGGCGGCGGGAAGCGGUGGAGGGCUGGGCCCCCGGCGCCGUGGGUGCUGGCGGCAGGCAGCAGGAGAGGCGGGGCAGCGGUGGGGGGUGUGGCAGGGUAUGGGGCAUGAGGGCGCGUAUGUGCCCUUGGGGCAAAGCCCAGGCGGACCCUUCCUGGACGGGGCAGGGCGAGGGAGAGGGGGGUACUGGGGAGGGCGGGACGGCGAAGUGGCAGUUAGCAGCAACUCGCUGCUGGGAGCCAGUCCGCUGCAGUUCACCCCUCCCUCCCACUCCCGCCACUUCCCAUCCUCCCACUCGCACCAACACCAACUCCAACACCAGCAACAGCGGGGGGGGCGGCAGGGGCAGCUGCAGGCGUCCUCUCUGGGCCCCAGCGGCAGCACCCACCCCUCCAGCCACAAUCCGGGCGCAGGGCUGCCCUCCCCCGCUGCUAGAGGGCUGGCGGGCGCAGCGGCAGGGGGAAUGGGGCUGAGUGUUGGUAGAGGCGGAGCGGAGGGGGGGAUUGCACUGGAGAAGGCGGCUGUGAUGGGACAGUUCCAGAGGCGGCAGAGUGAGGAGGGUGGGGGGGCGGAUGAGGGGCGGGGGGCAGGAGGCGUGGGUGGGGUGGCAUGGCAGGAGAGAGGCAGUGGUUCCAGCUCCGUGGAGAGACAAACGCAUGUGGGCUCGCAUGGGCAUGUGGGGUCACAUGGGCAUGUGGGCUCGCAUGGGCAUGUGGGGUCACAUGGGCAUGUGGGCUCGCAUGGGCAUGUGGGGUCACAUGGGCAUGUGGGCUCGCAUGGGCAUGUGGGGUCACAUGGGCAUGUGGGCUCGCAUGGGCAUGUGAGCUCGCAUGGUCAUGUGGGGUCACACGGGCAUGGGGAGUACUCCAUUCCCCCCCCUGCGGUCUGGAGCCCUCUCAGUGCUGCCUAUGCGCAACCUGCACCCACCACGGCUGCUGCUGUUCCUGCUGCUGUGGCAGCGGGUGGCUUGUCAGGUGCUGCAGUGCCUGGGGUGCAUGGCGGGGCGGCAGUGGGGCGGGGCAGUGGCGGGUCGCUGGGAGCCAUGGACUGCUCGCCCCUUGCUGCUGCUGGCGCCUUCAUGUGGUCUCGUCCUUCUGCUACUGCCAGUGGCUCAUCUGCUCCACACCACUACCGUGCUGCCACACACCUCCCGCACGCCCCGCCCGCCCUGCCACACCACACCGCUGCCGCUGCUGCUGCUGCUGCUGGUGCAGGCGCUACACACAGUGAGCGAUGGCGAGGAGGGGAGGAUCAGGGGGAUAGCAGCGCAGAUGGAUUGGCGGGAGUAGACGGAGAGGUGGAGAGCGGUGCAGAGCCCAUGGGCAUAUCCCCGGUGCAGGCAGGGCAGCUGGGCCAGUGCCCAGCCACGGGGCGCCUGCUGGCAGUGGCGUCGGGGAGGAAGGUGUUUGUGGCGCCCUGCACGCGCCCCGCGCACCAUGCGCGCCUGCACCUGCAGCACCGCCGCGCACUCACAUGCGUCGCCAUCCACCCCGAUGACCAGCAGGUGGCAGCGGGCGAUGUGUUGGGGCGCGUGGUGGUGUGGCAUGGCAUCGGCCGUCGCUCCGCGUGGCCGUGGGGGGAGGGCACCGCCAGGGGCGCGACAGCUGGCGGACGCGGGGGGCGCGAGGGCGGGUGGAGGGGGGGGAGAGGACGGGGAGGGGGACGAGGUGGGCGGGGAGGGGGCUGGGGCAGGUGGGGUGCUGGGAGAGGGGGAGGAGCAGCAGGAGCAGGAGAAGGGGAGGAGGGGGAGGGCGAGGAGGAGGGCGAGGGGCGGAGGGGAGCGGAGGGCGAGGAGGACUGUGAGGCGGUGUCAUCGCUGCACUGGCACGCCCAAGCCGUGGCGGACCUGGCCUUCUCCCCUGACGGCCUGCACCUGGUGUCCAUCGGCGCCGAGGCAGUGGCGCUCAUCUGGCAGCUGCAGUCAGGCGCGCGCCGCUUCCUGCCUCGCAUGCCCGCCGCCCUGCUCCGCCUCGUGCUCCCGCCCUCCCUGCUCCCCGCGCUGCCUCCCCCCAGCCCCUCCGCACCCGGUGCAGCAGCAGCAGCAGCGGCAGGAGCAGCAGGCGGGGCGGGGGAAGCGCGGUCGCUGGUGGCGCCGGCAGCAGCGCCAGAAGCGUUGCGGUUUGGCAUGCAGUGUUUGGACAACAGUGUGCGCGUGGUGGACCUGAGUGAGUCGUCCCUCAUCGCCUCAAUCCGUGGCAUCGCCCCCCCACCCCCCACGCGCCCCAACCCCACGCGCCACUUCAUUCUCCCCCCGCUCGACCCCUUCAAAGCCCCCCUCGGUCCGCUCCCCUCCUCCGCCACCGCCUCGUCCUCCUCCCUCUCCAACUGCCUCCCGGCUGACGUGGCACGCCAGCUGGCGGUUGAGCUGGCAGUGACGGGCGGUGGUGCCCCGUCAGCAGUGGUGCAGAGUGUGAGGGGCGGCAGUGCGCGGGUGGUGGUGGUGGGGCCGCUGGGGGUGGUGCAGGCGUAUGACUUAUCAAGGCAGCAGGUGGUGGCACAGGUGCAGCUCAUGCGCAUCAACGUCGUCUCCUCCGCUGAGGCGCGCUUCAAGAAAGCUCUCAAGGCACGGGAGAUGCAGCAGCGCGACCAGGCCAUGCGCCUGCUGCAGGGGGGUGCUGGCAAGCCACAGCAGGGGCAGCCAGCGCAGCAGCAGGGGCCGAAGCCGCCGCCCAUCUGGGUGAGCCACGUGUGCUUCUCCCCCGACGGCCACACGCUGGUGACUGUUGAGAUCCGCCAGCCGGAAGAUCUGGCCGGCCAGCAGUCCACCCUCAAGUUCUGGGCCGCGCCGUUCAGCGGCACUCAGGGCGUCAGGCAGGGCGGAGGCAAGGGCGGCAAGGGCAGCAAGGAGGGGCUGACGGCGCUGACGACAGCGGUGGAUGCGCCUCACGGGGCGGCGGGGCUGGUGACAGGCGUGCACGUGCGGGCAGGCGGCGACAUGGUCGUCACGUGCGGCACGGACUGGCAAGCGAAGACGGCGCGGGAGCGCAUGGAGGAGCGCGAGGCGGGCAUCGCACCGCUGACCUUCUGCUGGCGCUGCCGUGCCGUGGGCAGCUACGCGUCGCAGCCGCUGCUGGGCGCCUGCUUCUCCUGGGAGGGCUCCCUGCUCGCCGUGGCCGCGCUGCACCGCGUCACCCUCUGGGACCCCGACCGCCACGCCCUGCUCGCCGUGCUGCACUGCGCGCCCUCGCUCAGCCCCCUGCAGGCGGGCCUGCCGUCACACCAGCCAGUCACCGCGCUCGCCUUCCUGCCGCACUCCCCCUUCCUCCUCACUGUCUCCGGCGCCCUCGCCCCCUCGGGCACCUACUUUACGCCGCCUGACUCGCCCACUGCCCCGUACGCGGCGCUGUCGGUGUGGAGCCUGCUGUCUCUUUCCCUCGCCUGGUGCCUCCACCUGCGAGUGCUCUCCCUCGCCACGCACCCCUCUGCACCGCUCUUCGCCGUCGUUGUUGCUGCUCCCACCGCUGGUAGCGGUGGUGUGAAGAGCGGCGACACAGGGCAGGGCAGUGGCGUGGGGAAGGACGAGGAAGGGGUGGGCGUGCUGGUGUUUAAGGGGGGAGAGAGCCCCGUGCCCAUCGCAGCAUGGGAGAUGGCUGAUGUCAACGCUGCCACCGUCGCUUUCCGGCCGCCCUCCUCCUCCUCCCUACCUGCCGGCAGCAGCAAGGGGGAGGCAGCUCAGUGGUCCAUAGUGGUAGUGAGCGGUGGCAGGGAGUACGCAGUGCUGAGUGGGGAGGAGAGCCCGUUUGCGCCAGAUGCAGCGGAUCGGGACGGGGAGCGUGUGAAUGGUGCGGCUGGCAUGGCGGACGGUCAAGCUCUCUCGGCCUUUGAAAGCAUCUAUGGGACAGCAACCACAGCAGCGGCAGUGGCAGCAGCGACCGGAGGAUUGUCGGAGCAGGGCAGAGCGGCGGGUGAAGGGAUGGGGCAAGGGGAGAUGGAGGCAGUGGAGGGGCGGCCGUGGGGCAGCCUGCUGUCAGCGCCGUCACACGUGCUGCCAUCGCUGUCGAGGGUGUACCCGCAACUCUUUAGAAGGGGGCUUGCGGGCAAUUACGUUCCGGCACAUCGUUUAAGGUUUCCGCUGCGCGUAAAUCUCCGUUUGUUGUCGUGUUUUCCGCGCGCGCGGAUGGAGGUGAGCGCGGAGGACAUUGCGAUGGCGGAGGAGGAGGAGGCGGAGGAGGUGGGGGAGUGGGAGGAGUGGCAGGAGGAGGAGGAGGAGGCGGACGACCCCGCGCGCUGCUUCUUCUGCCCGCGCCAGCUGUCCAACGCGGCCGCCAUGCUGCAGCACUGCCGCGCGGAGCAUGGCGGGUUCGAUUUCAAGCAAUUGCGAGCAGCGCAGCAGUGGGACGAGUAUCAGUGCAUCCGCGCUGUCAACUUCAUCCGCACCCAGGUGGCGGCUCAUCGCUGCAUCCACUGCCUUCAGUCCUUCCCCUCCCCACCUGACCUCAUUCAACACAUGGAAGCUUCGCAGCACUUUCUCCUCCCUCCUCUCCCGCUCUCCACCACGCCUGAGCCCUCCUCCCCGCCUCCCUGGGGAGACGACGCGUACCUCAGAAGCUUCCUGGAAGGCGACCCAGUGCUGUACAGCCUGGACGAUGAUGAUGACGACGACAGCAGCGAGGGGGCCGCCAAGGAGGGCAGCGCUGAUGCUGCUGCCGCUAGGGGUGCACGUGGGGGCAGUGCUGUGGUAGACGUUACCGGGUUACCACUCACUGCCGCGGCAGCAGGGGCUGCGGCGGCGGCAGCAGCAGCAGAGGGGGGCAGCGUGGGGGGCAGCGAGGAGGAGCGCGCGCUGGUCUUCCAGGCGCUGCUCUCCCUGGCGCAGGGGGAGGGCGGAGUGGGGGCGCAGGGGGAGGGGGAAGGGGCAGGGGCGGAGAGCAGUGAGGGCGGAGGUGCGGGAGUGCAGGCAACCAGCAAGGGAGGGGUGGGAGGGGGAGUAGGUAGCUCAGGUAUUCCUUCAGGUGGUACCUCAGGUGGUUCUGUUAGCAAGGGCAAGGAGAAGGUGGGAGAAGUGGCAGGAGCAAGGGGGGAGGUGGAGGGGUGGGAGGGUGCGGACGGGGAGGACGUGGUGCCCUCGUUGGAGCAGUACGUGGCGCUGGCCAAUCAGGUGCUGCUGCUGCGACAACAGAACGCACAGCUGGCACACCAGCUGGCUGCCACGUCAGCAGGGAGGGCUGCAGAAGGUCUGUUGAGUGCCGCUCCCGGCGGUGCUGCCAGUGCUGUGCCGCGCACGCCCUUCUCCACGCCCAUGGUCUCGCCCUCCCCCAGUACCGCCUCCCUCCUUGCCACCGCCACUGCUGCCGCUGCCAUAGCCUCUGCUGCGGCGCACGCCUCAGGCGCCAGCAACACCGCUGACGGCAGCAGCACGGAAGGUGGUGCGGCAGGUGCGGGCGCAGGGCCUGGUGCUCCCUCGGCUGCUGCAGCAGCAUGGCAAGCGCAGAACGCAGCAGCGCCGCGCACGCCCUUCUCCACGCCGCUGGUCUCCCCCUGCCCCAGCUACGCCUCCCUUGCCACCGCUGCCGCUGCUGCCGCUGCUGCUGCAGGUGUGGGCGAGUCAGGGGCGGGUGGUGCGAUGCAUGAGGGGUCAGUGAAAGACAUGCUGCUGCAGGUCACUGCGCACCAGCACCAGCACCAGCAGCAGCAGCACAAGCAGGGCCGACCUCCCAUCCCCCUCUCCCCCCGCCCAGCCUCCAGUGGCACUAUUGGUGAGAAAGCAGUAGGAUUGGCAGCAGCAAAGGCAGUUUUCACAGGAGGAGAAGGCACAGGAGUGGUAGGGUUGGAAGGAGGGGGUUCGGGAACACACAGCCCGGUGGUCCCGCGGACGCCCUUCUCCACGCCCCUGGCAUCGCCCUCCCCCAGCUACGCCCUGCUGCCCCUCGAUGAGGCCCAGCGGAAGCUGGCAGCCGUUGCUGAGACCGUGGAUGGCGCCACUGACGUGCACGGCCCCAUGCCAGCACCACCGGCAGAAGCAUCUGCUGGUGCUGGUGCAGGAGGGAAGGAGGAAGGGGGUGGGGAGGAGGUGCAGGCGGUGCAGAGGAAGAGGAGGCAGGUGACGUUUGGGGCGGUGCAGGAGAGGCUGAUGCGCGUGAUAGACGCGUCCUACUUCAGCUCGUAUGCCAGCUUCGGCAUCCACCGUGAAAUGCUCUCCGAUAAGGUCCGUGCCGCUCCCACAUGUGCUCUUGCACGCUCUGUGGCUCGGACCACAGCCUACCAGGCAGCUUUGGAGGAGAAUCCGAGCCUGAUUGAGGGGGCCACGGUGCUGGACGUGGGCUGUGGCACGGGCAUUCUCAGUCUGUUUGCAGCGCGUGGGGGAGCAGCGAGGGUGGUGGCGGUGGAUGGCAGUCGGGAGAUUCUCGCUGUGGCGCAGCAGAUCGCGCGGGACAACGGCUAUCUCGCCGCCACCCACUCCGCCUGUCCCGCUCCCACCACCACCGCUGCCAGCGCGGGUCAGCGCUCACCACGCCCCGUGGUGUCCUUCGUGUGCGGCAAGAUCGAGGACCUCUCCCCCGCAACCACCGCGACCACUCAAGCCCAUGCGCAGAGUGGUGCUGGCGGCGAGGGGGCGGGAGGAGGGGGGGCGGGGUGGAGGUGGCGUUGGAGCGGGGGAUCCUCUUCUCUGUCUUUCUCUUGUGUCCGUCUCAUGCUCCUCUGUCCAUGCUAUCUCUCUCCCAUCGCAUCCCAUCGUUCCCCUGCUCUGCGCGCCGUGCGGCAGCAUGUGGCGGGGUGUGGCGAGGGGGCAACGAGUGUGGGGUUCUGGAGGGACGUGUACGGCUUCACCAUGGCCUCCGUGGCUCGUGAGAUUCAGGACGAUGCAGCGCGCACGCCCCUGGUGCAGGAGGUCAAGGCCUGCGAUAUAGUCACAUCCACCGCCACCAUCAAGCACUUUGACCUGUGCACGGUGACAGUGCCUGACCUUGACUUCACCUCCGACUUUUGCAUCACACCAGCCCUCCCCACCUCCUCCGCUGCCGCACCUCCUGCUGACAACCCACCUGCUGCAGCCCCCGCCUCCCCUGCGCCUGUCUCCCCCGUGCUGUGCUACGGGCUGGCGCUGUGGUUUGACACGGGCUUCUCCUCGCGCUUCUGCUCCGCCAAGCCCGUGCUGCUCUCCACCUCGCCCUUCUGCACCCCCACGCACUGGGCUCAAACCCUCCUCACCUUCCGCGAACCCAUUGCUCUCGCACCUGCAACAGACGGCCGAUCCGCCGCUAUCGCACCGCGCUGCUCGCCCUCCGCCACCCACAGUAAGCCCGCCCUCGCGGACCGCCUCUCCUCCUCCGCGGCCUUCGUGCCCCCCUCCCGUCAAUCCCGCCUUCGCCUCCCCGCGCGCCGACCAUCCGCGCGCGUGAGCCAGCCGCGCCACGCGCCCGCCGCGCCCAGGGCAUCCGUGCAAACCGUCGAAGCUGCGCAAUUGCCGCAAACCUGGUCCGCGUUUUCCGCCGCGAUCACCGGGGAAUGGGUGGGGUACUCAUCGGACUUCUGCCCCGACGGGGUAGAGACGGAGAUCCCGAGGGAGGCCAUUCCGCCGCCCUUCUGCGACUGGGGCCUCGCGCUCUUCGCGUGGCAGGCGCACAGCUCCACUAACGCGGAUGCUUCUACCGGGGAAGUCCAGACAGUCUCCGAGCGCUUCCUGCCGUCGCUUGGCUUUGGCGGCGGCGGCGCGGCGUCGCGCUACAGCGUGGAUCGGCGCGCGGCGGGGAUCGGGCAGGACGCGGCGGGCGUGCUGGGGUUCCGCGACGACGGCUGCUACGCCGUCGCCUGGCCGGGAAAAUCCGUUUCCGAGCCUAAUUCCGACACUGGCGUUAACGCGGCUAACGUGGUGGUUCGGCAGGGAAGCGGCAGCGGCGACUCUUCGCAAUUUUUCGAGUUGGAGCACUGUCUCGUCGCGGAAAACGCGGACGCGCAGGUCGACGGCAAGCCGGAGCGCGUGCGCGUGCGCGUGGUGCAGCGCUUCCAGAAGGGCGCGGGCGCGGCGGGCGGGGUGGGGGACGAGGGGCACCUGCCGCAGCUGCUGGGCAUGACGCUGUUCCGCGAGCGGUGGGUGGGCGAGUGGCGCGCCGAGCCUGACGGCGCGAACGAGUCGUCGGAAUUCGCGGAGGGCCCACCCGUGGGCAUCGACGCCGUGGAGGGGCGCUGGCUCGCCGCUUCCAUGCGCGCCGACCUCAAACUGGGCGACGAGUACGGGCGGCGGGGGGCGGUGGUGGAGCUCAAGCCGGCCGGCACUGACGAGGUCACCAGGGAGCUCACAGACGAAGGUUCCGUGCUGCUUCCUCAGGGCGUGUGGUCGAGGGUGCUACCAACGCCCAGUGGAGGGGUGAUCCUCAAGGCGGGCUGGCUCGUGGAGGCAGACAAGGCCAUCGUCUCUCGCUUUGACUACUCCGCCCUGGGUCGCCUCGAGCACAUCACGAUAUCGACAGAGACACCACCGCUGCCACCCCACUGCUGCGUGCAGGAGGAGGGGGUGGUGGUGCUGUGGGUGCACGGGGAGGGGGCGGUGGAGAUGGGGCUGGUUGGGGAGGCGGGGGGCGAGGCUGGAAAGCAGGUGGGGGGGGAGGGGAGCGCUGUGGUGGUGGUGGUGGGGAGGGCGAUGGAUGAGGUGGUGGUGGAGGAGGAGGGCGGGGAGAGGGAGGGUGACUUGGUGGUGGAGGUGAGGGAGGAGGAGGACUGGGAGGCAGUAGAAGAGGAGGAGGAUGAGGAGGAGGAGGAGAAGGGAAUGGUGGGGGUCGGGGGGGGGGAGGGGAAGUUGGAGGGGGAGAUGGAGGAGGGGGAGAGGGAGGGGAUGGGGGAUGGGAGGACGGAGGGGAUGGGGGAGGGGAGGAGGGAGGGGAUGGAGGAGGGGAGGAGGGAGGGGAUGGAGGAGGGUAAGAGGGAGGGGAUGGAGGAGGGGAGGAGGGAGGGGAUGGAGGAGGGGAGGAGGGAGGGGAUGGAGGAGGGGAGGAAGGAGGGGAUGGAGGAGGGGAGAAGGGAGGGGAUGGAGGAGGGGAGGAGAGAGGGGGGGGAUGGAGGAGGGGAGGAGGGGGGGAGGGGGGGGGAGGGGAGGGAGGGGAUGGAGGAGGGGAAGAGGGAGGGGAUGGAGGAGGGGAAGAGGGAGGGGAUGGAGGAGGGGAAGAGGGAGGGGAUGGAGGGGGUUGUGGAGGAGGAAUUGGAGGUGGUGGAGUGGGGGGGUGUGGGGUAG